AUGCCAAGGAAACCCCAGACCUGGGAUGAUUAUGACUCGGCUGUCACUCAGAUCAUCCUUGCGCCAUCCGACUCCGAGUUUCUCGAUCAGUUGAUACCCGUUCUGAAAGAUGCGACCGCUAGCAGCCGGAUUGGAUCGCUAGUCCAGAGCCUCUCUCAAUAUGCCGAGGAGCGCGAGGGUGAUAUCGAGCGGAUCGGUUUGACCAAGCAUGAGGAAUUUCUGAGCUCUGUCGACCAGCUGCAGGAAGUGCGCGAAGGCACCGUGGUUCUGACUGCUGAGAUUCUUGACCUCAACCAGUCGAUUCAAGCGAGCACGGAGAAGCUUGCGGAGCAGAAGCAGGCCCUAGUCAACACACGAGGCGUACGCCAGAAUAUUACGGAGGUCUCCGAUGCCCUCGAGGAGUCUCUCAAAAUUUUACACGCUGUAAACAAUGCCCACGAUCUGAUUCGGAAGAAGAAAUACUAUGCCGCCCUCAAGUCUUUGGAGGACCUACAAAAUGAAUAUCUGGUCCCCAUCAUCCAGAAUAAGUUUGCGACUCAGUACAAGCUCGCCGAUAUGAUCCAGAAGUCGAUACCGGCAUCCCAAAAGGCGAUAUCAGAAGCUGUCAUGUCGGAUCUGAACACUUGGUUGUUCAUUGUUCGAGAGUCGUCGCAAUUUUUGGGGGAAGUCGCUUUCUUCCAUACCUCGGAAAGAAGAGACAGGCAAAAAGAAAGGAUGGCGGGGAAUGAGUUGUUGAGUCGGUUCAAGCUGAACUCUGCCAUUGAGCUGGUAUUUGAUGAGAAUGACGAGUUUGACGUGCUUUUCAACGAUGAGCUCCAGGUCGAUUUCACACCCCUCCACGAGGCGUUGCAUAUCCACGAAGCCCUCGGCCAGGUUGACAGGUUUCGCGCCGAGUAUGCUGCCACAAGGCGGCAGCAGAAAGAUUUGAUAAUACCUAGCACGGAGAACAUAUUUUCCAACGACGAUGAUGAGUCUCUCAAGGGUCUGUUGGAGAGUGUGGCCGGGUUCGCAAUUAUUGAGAAGGCCACCAUGCAACGUGCGCCGUCAGUUCGGUCGACGCUGGACGUCGACGAGCUUUGGGAUUCAAUGUGCCAGGCUACCAUCAGGAUUACGUCCAAGUCAUUAGAUAUGAUCAACGACGCGGAGUUGUUGCGCAAGAUCAAGGAUGAUAUUGCCCUCUUCAUUCAAACUAUGGAGGGAUGGGGGUAUUCCGCAUCGUUGGUGGACAACUUUCAGCUUGUCCUGUUUCGCAAGUACGCUGACUUGGUGCAACGUAAAUUUGGGGAAGACUUUCAAGAAGUCGUAUCGACGGAUGAUUACAUGCCCAUGACCAUCAAGUCGCGCGAAGAAUAUGAUGAGGUCUACUCCGCGGUCCUGUUUGGCGGCGAGAUACCCCCCGAGGAGGUUACACUACCAGCUGUCUUCCCCUUUUCCAAGAUGUUUCCGCUUUGUUGCUUAAAUAUCGAGGGGUGCCAACAGCAGUUCCGGGCUUUUACCAAGGAGAAUUUUGAUCAUCCCAAUCUCGUCGACGAAACCCUUCGAAGGACAUUGGAUGAACUGCUUACCGAUAUCGUUUGCCAAAACCUGGUGGAGCGGCUAAAUUCCCAAUACCUUGGCCAAAUCGUUCAAAUCUUGACGAAUCUGGAGCAUUUCGAGUCCGCUUGUCAAAACCUUGAGAAACAACUGAUCAAGGGGCGCUCGACCACAUCGGCCGGAGGCCCGGUGACUUUGAAAGCGACCGAGUUGUUUAAAAGUAGUAAGAAGACGGCCGAAAAGCGAAUUUUCGAGCUUGUCAACUCUAAAAUCGACGAUUUGGUGGACACAUCCGACUACGACUGGGCCGCCACGACGAAACCGGAUGCGCCGAGCGGUUACAUGGUGACGCUCACGCGCUUCCUCGAAACUAUCAUGACAUCGACACUGCUGGGCCUCCCACGAGAGAUCAAAGAGCUCAUCUACUUUGACGCGUUGAGUCAUGCAGCAAAUAAGAUCCUCGCCCUCCCCCUGUCCCCGGAAGUCAAAAGGAUCAACCCCAACGGUGUGGCCGCCAUGGCGCUUGACGUGGCCCACUUGACCGGCUUUGUCAGCCAGCUCGAAAAUGCUUUCAUGCUGGAGCAGAACCUAGACGAGCUGCAACAGACGGUGGCGCUAAUGCAGAGCGAGAACCACGAAGAGUUUUAUGAUAUCUCGAUCCGCAACAAGAAGUACGGCCGUGUGGACGCUAUGAAUGGGCCUGUGUUAUUAGAAAAAAUUACAACAACGGUGGAGAACACAAGCCGGACAGCACCACUCGCUAACUUCGGGUCGCGCUUUGGUUUGAGGUGA